CUCGAGAUUACGCAGUUGCACCUCGUAUACUUUUGUCCGCUACAACUGUUACCUGCACCGCCAUUUCGUGAACCACCAAGUUCUGUCGCGGGUUCACAUUCUAAAGUCCAUGGCAUGUUGAAACGUCUGGGCGCAUCGGCUCACGUCUGUCUCAGAUGUCAAAGGAAACAAAUAGAAGACAGUCUACUGCCUGCGAACACAACCAGAGCACCGAUCAUAUUUCCAACGAGAAGAUGGCAGGGCAAUGCCGCCACUGCUCCAGCCCUUGUCGAGCAAGACGAUGACAAUGAUGGACGCGAACGCGAAUCUUCGUCGCCUCCCCACAAGAAUGCCUCUCGUACAAAACCCACCUCCCAACCCAGGGCUCAUUAUCAAAAGUCGAUCCGGCAUUGGAAACCUACACGGACAGCCGAACUGGGCGUCAAUUCGCUAGGCAAACCAGCUGAAAUCCUGAUCCUUCCAUCAACAGACCGGAAGAUACCACAGGUCCCCAAGGAUGACGGUGACAACAAGACCGUCAAAGCCAUGAUGAGGCAAGCCAUUGACUUUGAAAAGGAGCCUCUCCAAUUACAAGAGUUGAAGACAAACAUCGAACAAGUCAUGCGUCUGCUAGGUAAACAACGUGGUCAAUUGGAACACAGAGAGUGGAGCACGCUGAAGACACAUCUAAUGAAGGGGUUCACAAAAGACCAUUUGAAGCAUUAUGUCAUGUCGCACGCUGACCGCUUCAAGGAUGGAAUCGCGUAUAUCAGGGUCCUCGAAAAGGGAAAACUCCCUCUAACAAAGUUCAUUGUGGAGGAAAUCUGGGGCUUCACCAUUCCGAUUGCGGUCUUCGCAGAUUCAGAUCAUUCAAAGAAGAAUGUCAAGGCUGAAUUUCGGGCACGGGACGAGAUCAUGGACUAUCUCUUGAAUGAUGAAGGCCAGCAAUUGAAGAAGAUUUCAGAAACUCAUCAGGUCCAGAUAGACGUCUUUCGAUCACAACAAAGGCUCCGCGUACACGGAACAGCAGCAAGGGUGAACUUGGCCUCGUCGAUGAUAGCUCGUCUCUUGAGAAGCUUCACCGUAAUCUCGAUUCCUUUCACGAAGAAGUCUCUGACCGAGACGUACGCCAAUCUCGCCUUGCAGCCUCUUGUGAAGCCUUUUCUAAGAUCCAUCGAGCAAAAGUUUCACGUACGCAUCAUUUUGUUCCCGAGUUGCAUCAACAUAGUGCAUCGCGAUCGGCCCAAAGCGGCAGAUCAUGCUCACAGAGAGCUUCGAUUGGCUGCAGAGAAGUUUUCCGAGGAAGGCCAACGGGUCUUCUUGCAUCCUGAAUCUUCAUUGAAUGAAACGACCUGGGUACCUUACCCAACACCGGCUGAAUUGCCGUGGGGCCUGCACCAACUACCUUGGGCGAGACUCAUGAUAUCAAACAAGUCUGCCCAGCCGCAAAAAGUGGAUCAUCCUCAAGCCGAAGGUGAGGCUGCGGUCGUUAGUGAGAUCGAAAAGUCACUACACAAAUCUACAACCAUCCCUACUUCUCGAGAGAGUUUGCACUACGACCUCGCCGUCAAGUUUGGCACAGCCUUAUGCCGAGAUCCUACGAAUGCCAGUUCAAUAGCAGACCCUAACGAAGAGUCGAAGACCAUGAGCUCGCAAAAGGGGAAUGUCUCCUCAGAAAAGCUCCUUCAGGCAAAUCAAGGGAAAGAAAAGCACGAUAAAUUGUCUGCCUACGGCGAAUCGUGCUUUGUCGAAGAUGUGCCAUAUUUGGCGCAGCAGCUCGCACCAAUGAAAUUCUGGGAACCAACGCAGAAGCACGAAACUAGAGGUAUUGGCCGAGAUGGCUUGCUGACCUUACGCCUGGUCCUUGUUCCCAUCACCAAGACGAAGCAGUAUCCCAAACUCGAGGUUGUAAUCGUCGCAGGGAAAUCUCGAGAGGGGAAAACAACUUUGUCACUGAGUAAUCUUUCUGCUAUUUUCUCCGAGAAAUCCUUCAAGGUUCUCUGUCCAAGCCAAGAGGCUGAUAUGGAAGUCGUCGGUCGGUCCAAACGAGACAUCUGGUAUCAGGGCAAACAAGAUCCCAUACAUUUUGAUAAGUUGCUCCGAGACCUGAGGAGUUAUAUAACCCGAGCGCAAAACCCGAACAGGGCUGACUGGGUCUUUGGGCCUUUUGUUAACCUGGGUUUCCCUAAACAUUCUCCUGACUCGCUUCUAGUAAGCCAACAAGGUAUUGCUGGCAAGACUCCAAGGCAGCCAACUGAGACCGAGACGACUGUGAGUAAACAGGAAUCUCCGUUCGAGAAGAUUGUAUACAUGCUACAGAGUGUGGAAGCUGUCGACGUCGAUUCAAAGUCUAUCUCCGUGUCCGAGCAAGGUUCAGACAGAAAGAAUGAACUAUGCUUGGAGCAUGUCACGUUCACAGGCUCGACGGCGACUAAACAAGAGCUUCGCUUGGCCAGGCAAUCAUAUUUCUCUCCGCCGUCACUUGAACAUCUCGACGUUCGCCUCCUCGCUCAAGCGGGCCUCGUGUUAGUGGAGCGACUGGGUCAUGAUCCCUUGAAGAAAACGUCACUUCAACUAGGUGACGAUGUCGUGCUUCAGGCAAUACCUCCCGAUGCAACGACUUCAGCAUCUCCAGCGGGUGAGAAGACGCAGGAGAACGGCAGCCUGUCCCACUCGGCAAAAGCGUCAGUCCACGGAUCCAUGACCAAGAAAACCAAAGCACCGAAGAGCAAGCCAGGGAAAGACGUCGUAAGGAGCAACAAGAAGAAGGGUGCUACGAGGCCAACGUCAAGAACCGCCAAGCAGGCGAAAGAACGGUCAGUAGUAUCCAUGGACGAGUCUGUGGAAGGGUCAGACGAAGUCCGGACAAAAGCGUCACAAAAAACCAACAAGGCUCGAAAAUCGACUAAGACGUAGACCAAAUCUUUCAAGGUUACAAAGCCGAAGUCGAAGACAUCAACUGGGAAGAUGAGAACUGAUGCAAAGACCGAAAAUGCAUGAUAUGGGAAAGAGAGCGACUUGAGGGUUACGUAAUUUCGCGCGAAAGCUCGAGACCUUGGGUCCUCUACCAGAGCAGCUUGAAAGAUCCUAGAUGUGAGGUUGAAGAGUGCGCUGGCCUUAUGUAUAUUAGAUAUAUUCAUGUUGUACUAUAAGAAGACCCUAUCUCACCUUUUUUUCGGGCCAGGUGAGUGGUGGGUAUACUGGUUGGCCAGAUAGGCAAUGUAUUCCAUGUCGUCGGAAUGUA